CACGGCUGCCACUGUGACUCUACUCUUCCUUCUUUCUUCUUCUUCUUCUUCUUCUUCUUCUUCAGGUCCUUGGUUUUUACCUUUUAACCUGCUUUAAUCUUCUUCCUCCUUCCUCACUCCCACUCUUUCUGCCAUCUCUUCUGCUAAUGUAGAAAAAGAGACAGCUGAAGGCUUCUUUUCCUAGCUCUUUCAGCACCUUUCUGUUUUCCCUGAGCUCUUCACGAGACUGGAAGAUGGUGGAGCGUCGGUCAGUUAUGGCACUGGCAUUGGCGUUACUGGCGGCGGCACUGGCGGCUCCCUGCUUCGCCGGAGAUCCUUACGCCUACUUCGAUUGGGACGUGUCCUUCAUCACCGCCGCCCCUCUGGGCGUCAAGCAGCAGGUAAUCGCGAUCAAUGGCCAGUUUCCUGGUCCCAUUGUCAACGUGACCACGAAUUGGAAUGUGGUGGUGAAUGUUCUCAACGAUUUGGACGAGCCUCUUCUGUUGACAUGGAAUGGCAUCCAGCAUCGCAAGAACUCAUGGCAAGAUGGUGUGCAAGGCACAAACUGCCCCAUCCCCUCCGGUUGGAACUGGACGUAUCAGUUCCAGGUGAAGGAUCAGAUCGGCAGCUUCUUCUACUUCCCCUCGAUCAACUUCCAACGCGCCGCCGGCGGCUAUGGAGGAUUCACAGUCAAUAACCGCGACGUGAUCGCAGUGCCCUUCGAUAAGCCCGAUGGAGACAUCACCCUUUUCAUCGGAGACUGGUACAACAAGGACUACAAGGAUCUAAGGAAGGCCCUUGAUAACGGAAAGCAACUCGGGAUGCCUGAUGGCGUGUUGAUGAAUGGGAAGGGCCCGUAUAGAUACAACAAGACACUUGUACCUGACGGCAUUGACUAUGAGACAGUACAUGUUCAUCCAGGGAAAACAUAUCGGUUUCGAGUACACAAUGUGGGCAUCUCUACCAGCUUAAAUUUCCGGAUUCAGAACCACAACAUGCUGCUGGUAGAGACAGAAGGCUCAUACACUGUCCAACAAAACUACACCAACUUGGACAUACAUGUAGGGCAGUCCUACUCGUUCUUGGUCACCAUGGAUCAGAACGCAAGCAGCGACUACUACAUGGUGGCGAGCGCUCGGUUCGUCAACGAGUCUCGCUGGGCCAGAGUCACCGGUGUUGCCAUUCUUCACUACUCCAACUCCAAAGGCAAAGCUUCUGGCCCUCUUCCAGAUCCACCUAAUGAUGUCUACGACAAGACCUUCUCAAUGAAUCAAGCAAGAUCCAUCAGGUGGAAUCUGAGUGCCGGUGCUGCGCGUCCCAAUCCUCAAGGUUCCUUCAGAUACGGCUCGAUCAAUGUGUCUCAGGUGUUUGUGUUGAGAAACAAGCCACCAGUUGUCAUCAGGGGAACACACCGAGCUACACUUAAUGGAAUCUCGUACACUCCUCCUGCAACGCCACUGAGGCUCGCUGAUGAGUACAAACUCAAGGGAGUUUACACGCUUGAUUUCCCCACUAGGCCUCUCAAGGGAGCACCAAAGGUUGGAAGAUCCUUGAUCAAUGGCACAUACAGAGGAUUCAUGGAGAUCAUAUUUCAGAACAAUGACACUAAAGUUCAGACAUAUCAUGUGGAUGGAUAUGCAUUUUUUGUUGUUGGGAUGGACUAUGGGGAGUGGACAGAGGAAAGCAGAGGAACAUAUAAUAAAGGCGAUGGUGUUGCCCGCUGCUCCACUCAGGUUUUCCCCGGAGCAUGGACUGCAAUCUUAGUUUCUCUGGACAAUGUUGGAAUCUGGAACGUGCGUGCACAAAAUCUUGAUACAUGGUACCUCGGACAGGAAACCUACAUUAGAGUGGUCAACCCAGAAGACACCAACAAAACGGAGCUGCCUGUUCCUGACAAUGCCCUCUACUGUGGCCUCCUCCAGAAGUAUCAAAAUGAGCAGACUCCUCACCACAAGGCAACUUCAUCUGCUCCAUUUACACAUCAAGUUUACAGGGUAAUGGUGUUGAUGGUGCUCAUGGUUGCAGCUGCCACAUUGCCAUAAGGAUUCCAGCUGUGUGUAGGGAGACUUGCUUGAUUCACAUGUUGUUGUGGGUAGUAGUAGGGAAUCGUUUGUUGUUGAUAUCCAUUUGAUCUUUUAUCUUUCUCCUUUUUGUUGUGUGUGUCUGUGUUCCUGGACUGUACCCAUUUGUUUUCAGUUUUGGGUUCUGGGAGGAGGACAAAACCAUUCUUUGUGUCUAGAUUUAUGCACUGUUUCUUAAGCACUUGUAAUUGGAUUUGGCUGCUACUCUCAUUUCUGAGACUA